UUCAUAGGUCUGGUGAUAAUGUUGCCUUUUAAGCUGCUGCGAAUUCAUGGAUUCACCCAAAAAAGCCAGCAACGUCCUGGAGAGACGGCGUGCGGUCCAAAAUAUCUGGACUGUAUUGUGGAUUUGACAAUUGUAGCUGAUGUAUGUUCUUCUCCAGGUCUUGUAAUGUAAGCCAAACAGCGACAAUGGGAGACUGGAACUUCCUCGGCGGCAUUUUGGAGGAGGUGCACAUCCACUCCACCAUGGUGGGCAAGAUCUGGUUGACGAUUCUCUUCAUCUUCCGCAUGCUGGUGCUGGGCGUGGCCGCCGAGGACGUGUGGAACGACGAGCAGUCGGACUUCAUCUGCAACACGGAGCAGCCGGGCUGCCGCAACGUGUGCUACGACCAGGCCUUCCCCAUCUCGCUCAUCCGCUACUGGGUGCUGCAGGUCAUCUUCGUGUCGUCGCCCUCGCUGGUCUACAUGGGCCACGCCAUCUACCAGCUGCGCGCCCUGGAGAAGGAGCGCCACUGCAAGAAGGCGGCGCUGCGGCGGGAGCUGGAGGCGGCGGACGCCGAUCUGGCGGAGGCGCGGCGGCGCAUCGAGAAGGAGAUGAGGCAGCUGGAGCAGGGCAAGCUGAACAAGGCGCCGCUGAGAGGCUCGCUCUUGUGCACGUACGUGGCGCACAUCGUCACUCGCUCGGUGGUGGAGGUCAGCUUCAUGAUGGGCCAGUUCCUCCUCUACGGACACCGCCUGAGUCCCCUCUACAAGUGCGAGCGGGAGCCCUGCCCUAACAAGGUGGACUGCUUCGUGUCCCGGCCCACCGAGAAGACGGUUUUCAUGGUCUUCAUGCAGGUGAUCGCCUGCAUCUCCUUGUUCCUCAGCCUGCUGGAGAUCAUGCACCUGGGCUACAAGAAGCUCAAGAAGGGCAUCCUGGACUACUACCCGCAUAUCAAAGACGAACUGGACGACUACUACGUCAGCAAGUCCAAGAAGAACUCGGUGGUGCACCAAGUCUGCGUGGGCACCUCGGUGGGCCGAAAGAGCACCAUCCCCACGGCGCCCGGCAGCUACACGUUACUGCUGGAAAAGCAAGGCAACGGGCCCAACUACCCGCUGCUCAACGCCUCCUCUGCCUUUGUGCCCAUCCUGGAGGAUCCGGGCGUGAAGCCGGGCGACAGCAAAGAGGGCGUCACUGACCAGAACUCCAACAACACCAGCAGCGACACCCGCUCUCCGCCCGUCGACAAGCAGGAGGAACCCGAGGAGGAUCUGGACUGCGCCGUCUGCGAGUAUCCCACGCUCCCGGCCGCGGACUCCACCUCCUGCCCCGCCCACUCUGCGGCCGCCCGUAGAGCCAGGAGGCCGAGUCCGCAGUGGAACUGCUCCACGGUGCCGGAGGGCAACGCCUCGGACAGCGGCGACUCGUACCAGGGCGGCUCCAUGAAGCUCCGCAGCGCAGCGGGGCCCCGGUCCAGGAACCUGCUCUCCAAGUCGGACAGCGUGCGGAGGCCCGGCAGCGCUCCGAGCCCGGACUCUGGCGGCGACCUAAGCUCUGCGUCCCGACAGAGUCGCGAGAGCAACAGCCCUGCCGCGUCCUCGCCUAACAGGCGGGUGUCGGCCACCAGCAGCGGCGGCAGCAGCAGCAGGCGGGCGCCGACUGACCUGCAGAUUUAACACUUCUGUACGGUUCUCAGGCGAACCGACCCACAAUGCACUGCUCUGCCAGAGGGACUGGCUAAUCUUUGAAGCAGACUUUGCGUACCAGUAGAUAAGUACCACGACAUUUUUAAACAAAUAUUAAAACAAACUAUUUUAUUAUUUAUUAUCGAGAGAAGCCAGUUGAGGUGGCUCGGUCAUCUGGUCAGGAUGCCACCCGAACGCCUCCCUAGGGAGGUGUUUCGGGCACGUCCAACCGGUAGGAGGCCACGGGGAAGACCCAGGACAUGUUGGGAAGACUAUGUCUCCCGGCUGGCCUGAGAACGCCUCGGGAUCCCCCGGGAGGAGCUGGACGAAGUGGCAUGGGGAGGGAAGUCUGGGCUUCCCUGCUUAGGCUGCUGCCCUCGCGACCCGACCUCGGAUAAGCGGAAGAACAUGGAUGGAUAUUUUAUUUUGCUCGUCAAAAUAAGCAAAUUGAUCACCAGUUUGUUUUUUUAAAUCAGCUCUUACUGAAUAUAACUAGGUUGGUUUAUUUAGGACAUACACUUCCAUGGGUUCAAUCCCGGGCUCGGGAUCUUUCUGUGUGGAGUUUGCAUGUUCUCCCCGUGACUGCGUGGGUUCCCUCCGGGUACUCCGGCUUCCUCCCACCUCCAAAGACAUGCACCUGGGGAUAGGUUGAUUGGCAACACUAAAUUGGCCCUAGUGUGGGAAUGUGAGUGUGAAUGUUGUCUGUCUAUCUGUGUUGGCCCUGCGAUGAGGUGGCGACUUGUCAAGGGUGUACCCCGCCUUCCGCCCGAUUGUAGCUGAGAUAGGCACCAGCGCCACCCGCGACUCCAAGGGGAAUAAGCGGUAGAAAAUGGAUGGAUGGAUGGACUUCCGUCCUCGUGCGAGUCUUUGAACGGUGAAAAUGUGUCUACUAAAACCAGAAUUUUAAUCAAUAAUGUUUGCCAUGGUUUAGUAAUUUUAACGUGUGAAAGUGUGGUAAAAAGCUUGCUCGCAAUCAUCCAAAGCGUUAAAGACCGUUCUGGUUGCACAGAAAUAUAUAUAUCAAUCAAUCAAUGUUUAUUUAUAUAGCCAUAAAUCAAAAGUGUCUCAAAGGGCUGCACAAGCCACAACGACAUCCUCAGUUCAGAGCCCACAUAAAGGCAAGGAAAAUAUGGGGAAGGAAUAUUGAAAUAUUUUUUCAUCCAUCCAUCCAUCCAUCCAUCAUCUUCCGCUUAUCCGAGGUCGGGUCGCGGGGGCAACAGCCUAAGCAGGGAAACCCAGAAUUCCCU